UUUUAAGUUUUGUCCACUUCCACCAUCUCAUUUGUAUUCCAAGUUUCCACACAUAUCUUGAUUUACAAAACAUAGAUACCUGUCUAUCCUUGGAUUAAAAUAACACUUACCUAGCUUUAUAUAUCAACAUACUAAUGUGACUCCAUGACAAAAAACCAAAGAAAAUUCUGUAUAAUAUUUGAUCUUUUCCUCUCAAAUAUUGUCAAUAAUUUGAAGACUGCAAAAAAAUGGAGGGCAAACACAAGUUUUUUCAUGGAACACUUGAAGUCUCAAUUUUCCGUGCCACAUCUCGCAAGCCACCUCUUCCCUUCAAGUGCAUUUCAGCAAAUGGAAAACCUGCAUUUGUCACAAUCAAGAUUGACAACAAGACAGUAGCAAAAACAACACAAGAACGCGAUCGCGUUUGGAACCAGACUUUUCAAAUCCUCUGUGCUCAUUCUCCAAACACAAACAUUACUAUUACUCUAAAAACAAAAUGCUCCAUCUUAGGAAAAUUCUCAAUUCAGGCACAUAAGCUCUUAAACGAAGCAAGUUUAAUCGAGGGAUUUUUCCCACUUUCUAGUGAAAACAAAAAGCCAAAGAAGAAACUGAAACUGCAGUUCAUCGUGUGGUUCAAGCCAGCAGAAUAUGAACCGAGUUGGGGAAGAGUAUUAGAGAAUAGUGGAUUCACAGGAUUCAAAAAUUCGACGUUUCCUCAAAGAUCAAACUGCAGUGUGACUCUAUAUCAGGAUGCCCAUCACCAACAUACAUUCCAACCGCCAUUUCAGCAGAGACCUAAGAACUUGUGGGAGGAUAUACACAGAGCCAUUGAGGGUGCAAAGCAUUUGAUUUACAUUGCAGGGUGGUCUUUCAAUCCUAAGAUGGUCCUGGUCCGAGAUCCCAGUGCAGAAAUCACACAUGCAAAAGGAGUAAAGCUGGGCGAAUUGUUGAAGCGUAAAGCAGAGGAAGGUGUGUCUGUGAGGAUCAUGCUAUGGGACGACGAAACAUCUUUACCAAUCAUCAAGAACAAGGGACUGAUGAGAACACACGACGAGGAUUCUUUAGCCUAUUUCCGAGACACAAAAGUAGUAUGCAAAUUGGUUCCCAGAUUACACCAUAAACUACCCUCAUUCUUCGCGCAUCAUCAAAAGGCAAUAUCAGUAGAUGCAAGAAGCCAUCUAUCAUCAACAAGUCGAGAAAUCACUAGUUUUCUUGGUGGAUUAGAUCUUUGUGAUGGUCGAUACGAUACAGAAGAACACUCCUUGUUUAGAACUCUCAACACAGAAUCACAUUGCUAUGAUUUCUAUCAAACAAGCCUACCUGGUGCAAGCCUACACAAAGGAGGGCCGAGAGAACCAUGGCAUGAUGCUCACGCUCGUGUCACAGGGCAAGCAGCUAUGGAUAUACUCAACAAUUUUGAAGAAAGAUGGAAUAAGCAAAUUGGCCCUUCUUUGCUCAUUCCAAUAAGAUCAAUUCCAGAAUUAAGCAAUCAGCCAAACAUGGCUUCUACCGAUCAGGAUUGGAACGUUCAAGUGUUUCGAUCAAUUGAUCAUGUCUCUGCGUGCCCUUUGCCUAGGUACAUGACAGUUGAAAGAAGUAUUCAUGAAGCUUAUGUUGAAGCAAUUAGACGAGCUGAUAGAUUUAUAUACAUCGAGAAUCAGUAUUUCAUUGGUGGAUGUCACCUUUGGGAGCAAGACCAACAUUGUGGCUGCAGAAACUUAAUUCCAAUUGAGAUUGCACUAAAGAUUGCGAAUAAAAUCAAAGCUAAGGAGCGGUUUUCUGUGUACAUUGUGAUACCAAUGUGGCCCGAAGGACUACCAGAGAGCGAUUCAGUUCAAGAUAUAUUGCACUGGACUCGGGAAACUACUAAGAUGAUGUAUAAAUUUAUAGGUGAAGCGAUUAAAGAAAGUGGAGAACAAGGGCAUCCUAGAGAUUACUUGAAUUUCUUCUGUCUUGCUAACAGAGAAGAAGAGCUCAAGGGAGAAUUUGUUCCUCCCUAUUCUCCACAUUCUGAGUCACAGUACUGGAGAGCUCAAAAGAAUAGGAGAUUCAUGGUUUAUGUACACUCGAAGCUCAUGAUAGUGGAUGAUACAUACUUAUUAAUCGGUUCUGCUAACAUAAACCAAAGAUCCAUGGAUGGACAACGAGACACUGAGAUUGCAAUAGGAUGCUAUCAGUCGAAAACUGAAGAAGGUGACAUUGAUCAAAAGGACAUUCAUGCAUAUCGUAUGUCAUUGUGGUAUGAACAUACUGCACAAGCAGAACAAGUAUUCCAAGAACCUCAAAGUUUGGAAUGCGUGCAUAAAAUCCGUUCUAUCGGAGAUCAAAUGUGGAGAAUUUACAAUCAAGAUGAAGUAGAAGACAUGAAGGGUGUUCAUUUGGUCACUUACCCUAUGAAUGUUACUGCAGAAGGUCAUAUAGAGGAUCUCAUGGAGAGAAAUGGUCACUUCCCAGAUACAGAAGCACCAAUAAAAGGGAAAAGAUCAAAAGUUUUAGCACCUACAAUUACUACAUAGACAGAAAAUAACGAGUUGGAAGCUCCGAGCCCUCUAACGGAUGAUCCUGUACAUGAUGAAUAGUAGUAGCAGGUUUCAUUAUAUGUGCAAUUUGAUUGCAAAAUUUCAAAGAGAAGAAACUAUCAGUUUCGUGACUACAGACUAGAGCAAUAUAAUAAAAGGAAAAAGAAAUACUUCCUCCGUCUCAA